AUGCCCGAUUCUCUAUUAUUAUUAUUAUUAUUAUUAUUAUUAUUAUUAUUAUUAUUAUUAUUAUUAUUAUUAUUAUUAUUAUUAUUAUUAUUAUUAUUAUUAUUAUUAUUAUUAUUAUUAUUAUUAUUAUUAUUAUUAUUAUUAUUAUUAUUAUUAUUAUUAUUAUUAUUAUUAUUAUUAUUAUUAUUAUUAUUAUUAUUAUUAUUAAUUAUUAUUAUUAUUAUUAUUAUUAUUAUUAUUAUUAUUAUUAUUAUUAUUAUUAUUAUUAAUUUUAUUAUUAUUAUUCAGAAAAUUCGCCGCGGUCGCUUCGCUCCCGCUGUCGCGUCCGAUGGGCUUACCGUAGGCGUCUGCGUUGCGGCACAUUGGCUUGUAUCGUCCUGUUCUACUAUUAUACUAUUAUUAUUAUUAUUAUUAUUAUUAUUAUUAUUAUUAUUAUUAUUAUUAUUAUUAUUAUUAUUAUUAUUAUUAUUAUUAUUAUUAUUAUUAUUAUUAUUAUUAUUACUAUUACUAUUACUUAUUAGCAGUGAAAAGCCUUUAAACACUCGUAAACGCAUCAGGAUGCUGCUGAUGUCUAUGAUUGUUGGAAUUGUGAAGAUGUUUGGCCCUUUUGCUGUCAUUCCUUAA